AUGUCCAUCGAAAGCUUUGUACCUGUGCCAAAGCUAAUUCGGGCUCGGUUGGUUUAUGAUGAAUGGUGGUUGCAGUUUAUGUAUUUGAUGAAGUAUAAGAAUUGCUCUGAUGUAAUCGAGCAUGCAGACCGGCCAGAAACUGUCAAGGAAGAAGACUGGAAGCAGAAAAUUAAGCGGUCUGAAAUAUGCAGAUGGGAUCCUGAACAGUUCUUUGAAAAAUUUGAAAGAAAAGUUAUUGAAUUGCAUCAUGCUGGUGGUGAUACCAGUAGAAGAAGAAAAUUAAGUUAUUUAAUGAUGUGUUUACCUGAUAGUUGUCGUCAUAUUAUUGAAACUAUUGAUAUAUUACCAGAAAAAGAGAGAACUGUUGAUUAUGUCCGUCAGAAAUUGAUAGAAAGAAAGCAGCUUGGUGCUGUCACAGAAUCAGUUCAAACAUCUCCAGCAGGAACCAAUAAUACACUGUAA